UUGGGGACCUAGGGUUUCUCGUGCGCUCUCAGAGGUGGGUUGGAAUUUCCUCCCCCUCUUUCCCCUUUCGUCGUCCUUUUCUUAGGGUUAGGGUUUCCGUUCCUUUCUUUCUUCGAUGGCGGCUAUCGACGUUGAAUACCGCUGCUUUGUCGGCGGGCUCGCCUGGGCGACGGAUGACGCCUCCCUCGAGAGGGCUUUCAGCCAAUUCGGGGAGAUCAUCGAAUCCAAGAUCAUCAACGAUCGGGAGACGGGGAGGUCGAGGGGCUUCGGAUUCGUGACGUUCAGGAGCGAGCAGGCGAUGAGGGACGCCAUCGAGGGGAUGAACGGGCAGACCCUAGACGGGAGGAACAUCACCGUCAACGAGGCCCAGUCCCGGGGCAGUGGCGGCGGUUUCCGCAGCGGCGGAGGAGGUUACGGCGGCGGAGGUUACGGCGGAGGAGGUCGCCGUGAGGGUGGCGGCGGGUACAGCCGCGGAGGCGGUGGCUACGGCCGUGACCGUGACCGUGGUUACGGCGGGUCCCGUUUCUCGAGGAACGGCGCAGGGGACGGGGACUGGCGGAACUAAGGCUUCUCGGCCUGCCGCGCGGUCCGAGAGGGCUGGGCUUAAAGAGACGGUGGUGUCUCUCGUCCUAUCUAUCAGUUUGAAAGUGUUAUGAUGUUAUGGUUUUUUGUUUGAUGUCGUCGUUAUCGUCUGUUUAGGUUUCCGUUCCGUUUGGUUAUGAGAGAGAGAGAGUUGUUGGAUGCUUAAAAACUUUAAAAUUAGAGAGAUCUGAGGGAGCAGAGAAAUGGGUGUAGUGGAUGUGGUUUCUAUUCCUUUGUUCUUAAUGGAUGCUUUAUCUUUCUGGGCUUGAUUGGUA